AUUAAGCAAAACAUGGAUGUCACUCAUCCUCAGCCUCACGUAGUGAUCUUGCCUUUCGCUUCACAGGGACACAUCAAACCCAUGCUAAUGCUAGCACAGCUUCUUAGCAAUGCCAAUUUCUAUGUCACCUUUGUAAACACACAUCACAACCACAAUUUAAUCCUCAAAAUGAUCAUCAACAAUACCAGUUUCAGGAGCCGCUUUCCUAGACUCCGUUUUGAGGUGAUCCCAGAUGGACUUUCACCUGAACAUCCACGAUCUGGUCCACAACGCGUUGAUCUUUACUUCUCUAUUGGGUUGGCGUCAAAGGCCAAGUUGAAAGACAUACUAAUGGGGGUCUCACUUACUCAAGAAUGGUCGCCACCCAAAUGCCUAAUAGCAGAUGGAAUCAUGUCUUUCGCCAUUGAUGUUGCAGAAGAGCUCCACAUUCCCGUCAUCACUUUUCGAUCCUACAAUGCUUCUUGCACCUGGAUUAACUUCCAUAUUGAAAACCUCAUUCAACAAGGAGAAAUUCCAUUUCACGGUGCGCCAAAAAUUUUUCUUACCCUUAAAUUUUUUUUGAAAUGGUUUUGA